AUGUCGGGCGAAAAGGUCAACGAAGAACAAGUCUCUAAUCUUCUAGCAAUUCUAAGAACAGAUGCUACAGUAGAUAAUAAAGUAAACCUCAUCAAUCAUGUCAAGUCUGGAAUUAAACAGAACAACAUACCCGAACCGUGUAUUCAACCUAUCUUCGAAGCGACGCGCAUCGCGAUGAUAGCGCAACAAACUGCUAUCGUCAACGCUGGAUUCACUACUUUAGGUCAUCUACUAUCCAGAUUAUCGCGUCAAGAACCAAAAUACAUAGUUAAAGAGGCUGGACGUACGUUACCUCUAAUUAUAGAAAAGAUGGGCGAUUCAAAGGAGAAAUAUAGGCAGCUGGCUGCACAAUGUCUGACGACUUAUUGGGAUAAAGCCCAAGUAGAUGUUGAACGAAUGGUAAAGAAUGUUGGCUUAACAGGCAAGAAUGUUAGAAUGAAAGAGUCCUGUAUCACCUGGAUAGUUCAGAUGCACCAGGAGCAUUCCAUGCCGUUCAAAAACUAUGUAUCAGCACUAAUGAUACUACUCGAGGAUGCAGAUGGAAUGGUCAGGGAUAUUGCCCGGAACUCUGUUAUCACCUUAUUUCAAAAUGCGUCUAAUGCAGCAAAAUCUGACUUAAAAAGACAGCUCAAGGAAUACAAUAUCAGGCCAACAAUUUCAUCCACCAUCAUCGGGUAUCUAGCACCAGCAAGCCAACAUGAAGCAACCGAACCAUCGCCCGCCGAUGUGCACUCUAAAUCAGCCUUUUCAUAUAGCGUAUCAUCUGCAGGAGGUACUAAGCCGAACCUACAGGUACCAGAAGUACGGGUUGAUUAUAUAGACCCUGCGUAUGUAAAUACGCAAAGAGAAUUAGAGGAUAUGUUUCAUGAUAUGCAUCCCCACUUUGAGGGGAAAGAGUCCGAACACAAUUGGCUCAAGAGAGAGCAGAGCUGUACAAUGAUUAGGAGACUAAAUUCAGGGAAUGCGCCCGUUGACUUUCUCCAUGUAUUUCUCGCAGGUAUCAAAGCGCUACUUGAUGGUAUUCUUAAGGCUGUUAAUUCAUUAAGAACAAGUCUAUCUAAAGAGGGCUGUAGUGUAGUUCAGGAAAUCGUCAAGACAGCUGGGACAGGAAUGGAUCCUAUGGUCGAGAUACUUCUUCAAAAUUUGAUCAAGCUUUGUGGCGGAACAAAAAAGAUAAGCUCCCAGCAAGGAAAUGUCACAGUCGAUAUUAUCAUUAGCAAGGUAUCCUAUAACAUUCGUAUAAUGCAACAUAUUUGGGCCGCGUGUCAAGAUAAGAAUGUCCAGCCAAGAACUUACGCCACUGGAUGGCUUAAGACGCUACUAGACAAAGAAUCACAUCACAAGAGCCACAUAGAGCACACUGGUGGUCUCGAUCUAAUCGAAAAAUGCAUUAAAAAAGGGCUUACCGAUGCAAAUCCUGGCGUACGUGAGAGCAUGCGGUCAACUUACUGGAAAUUUGCUCAAAUUUGGCCGACCAAAGCUGAAGCAAUACGGGGAACUCUGGAUGCCACUCAGCAAAAACUCUUAGAUAACGUUACCGAUAACCCCAAUCCGUCCAACAAAGUAGUAACUGCAAGAGCCCGGCCUGGAUCAGGACUUUCCAAAAGCACUACAAUUCCUCCAAAGCCAUCCCUCAGAGAUACAGUACUGGCUCAAAAAAAAGCUGCUAUGGCCCAAAAAACCCUACCUACUCGCCCUGGAUCGGCUAUGUCAUCUUUCUCCCCUUCUCAAAGCAUCUUGCCCCCAACAGCGUCAGAUACGCUUCAUGUUAGGAUGCGUCCAGAUCUUAAAACACACUCUCACGGUGGCCUCUCAGUAGCUCCUAUGCGACCAACAAGAUUUAAAUCCGCCCCACGGCCAGAGCUCGUUGCGAGACCCGCAACUGCUGGACCCUACUCUGUUCGACGCCCGGGUCAUAAGCCAAGUAACAGUGAUUCAAGUAACUCGUCAAUUCCAAGCAAACCACAAAAAGCCUCUACACCAAUAAGGAAUAGUGCUAGUCCAGCACAAAGAUAUCCGAAUAGACCAAGCACAAGCCACUCACUUCAUGCAUAUCAAUCUAAUCAAUCCACCCCUAUCAAGAACAGUGCUCGUAAAUCUUCAGGCUCUCCAAGAAUAAGUCCAUCCUGCUCCAGACUACCAUCAGUAGACAGCCCUACAAAAACGCAUGAGGAGAUGACUCUCGUUGUACCAUACCUACAUGAAUCAAAGCAUAUCUCAACUCCAAAAUAUUCAUCAAGAUUAGAGAGAUCCUCACCACAGGUGAAACCGGUCCAUGUGCACGACGAUCCAUUUUCUAAUGCUGAAGAGAAGACCAAGUCUCGGUUACAGACGUCCAAGCUAGUUCUCGAAAAGGCCCAGGUAAAUCAGGAUUCACCCAAGGCAAAUCAAAAUAAAACCGAAGAGUUUGGAGAAACAAGCUUUCCUAGCGAAAGUACAAAGAUGAAUUCGCCACUUCUCGAGAGUGGUAUAAAUAAAGUUAAAGCACAAUCCCUCGAUAUGCAUGGGUUCCGGAAACUCCAGGGUAUUCUUCGGGAAAGUGAUAUGGUGUGUCUUCACGGUAGAUUUAGUGAUUUAUUGUCAGGCCUAUUUGAAUAUCUCAGGGCACCUCUAGCAUCUCUAUCGCCUGAAAAAGUACAAGAUGUCAAAACUCAAGUUUUAGCCACGAUUAAGAUCAUGUUCAAGAAAGAUCGCGAGGCUUUUCGGCCAUUUAUCGCCACGGGUCUUGAGUCACUCCUCAUUGCACGCAGUGCUUACGACAGCCGUGCCUAUAUUGUAAGUGGACUAGAGAUCUUAUCAACGGAACUUAUCACGCUUGCAGAGCCUUCCAGUACCGUCAACUUUAUCUGUGCGCAAAUCAAAACGCGCGAUACCUCUCCACAAGGCAGCCGCGGUUUAAGUAUGGGACUGCAUAUUCUUAAGGAGUUGUUGAAUAUAAAUCUAGAUUUUCACUUUUCCGACGUACAACUAGCGAAUGUUUGCGCUUUAGUUGUGGAAUGCCUUGACAGCAACGAGAGUGGGGUACGUAUGGAUGCUGUACAGCUGAGUGUUGCUAUUCAUACUACGGUUGGAGACAAAAGAUUUUGGGAGGUAUUAGAUGGCGUGAGAGAGGAUCCUAAAAGUUUAAUUGCUUACUACAUUAUGAAGCAGCAACUGCAAAAGGAAUAUACGGGGCCAGCAAUAGCAGCUCUGUGA